UACCAUUUACUAUCAUAGACAAUGCUACCAUAGUCCAGUUUCAUUAGAAUACCUGAUUUAAAAAUCGCUAACCGAAUCAUCACUGGUGCUUCUCUAAAAGUUCUAAACAUUUCUCCCAGACGCCUUUUGUAUGCAAGAGAUACAUCUCUAAUAUGCCCUCCCCAUGAUAGAUCUGAGCUUCCCGUACUCCAAGAAGCACUACUGACGUUUCACGCUUUAUCACCGUUUCAUUGAUAGUAAAAUUAAAAUUAUUUUUCUACUGACUGCUCGCGGUUUGUGAAGUAUAUCCACAUACACUUUGAGUAGUUUAAUGUCAUGAGAUUUAAUUGGCACCAUCCCUCUAUUUUGUCUGUAAAAGACUGGCAGUCCGCUGGAGAGCACAGAACGCUCAUCGGGCACAACAACGAGCAGUCGUCGGUAAAAAGAAUGGAUAAAGUUGACAACGCUGUCACCACCGGAAGAUCGUUUAUAAAGAUCAGAAACAGUAGCGGCCCCAAAAUAGAGCCUUGUGGGACUCCAGAUGGAACCUCUACUAUUUCUGAAAGCGAUCUGCCUAUCCGGACUCUUUGCCUCCGAUCUAACAAAUAACUCUCAAACCAUUUAUAUGGUGCUCCUUUCACACCCAACGAAGAAAGCUUCGUAAGCAAGAUUUGAUAAGGAACACGAUCGAAAGCUUUCUCGAAAUCAAAUAAGACCAUGAUGGAAUCAGCUCCAUUUUCCAGAUUUUUAUAAACGUUAUGAGUUAAAAAGAGAAGAGCGUCUGUUGUGGAACAAUUUUUGCGGAAACCGAAUUGAAAAUUUGAAAACAAGUAAUGUUUAUUUAGGUAUGCUAUCAGCUGAUCGUAAAUAAAUCGUUCCAGCAGUUUACCAAGGAUAGAAAGUAAUGAUACUGGCCGGUAUUUAUCAAUAAUGUGAGAAAAAAGUUCAUUCUUUCUCCAGAUCAUGACAAAAACAGCCAAAUUUAGUCUUGUUUGAUGUACAUCUCGGCACCCACUUGAGAUGGAGAGUUCUUUUUCUCACAAGUGAAUGACCAUUUCCAAACAAACAAAACAAUAAAAAGAAAUUUAAAGUCUGUUGAGCCGAAUAGCUUUUAUAAGCCAAACAUUCUCCUACAACUAACGGUACAAUGGUUAUGCAAAUCACUCAUAUGAAUGACUGACGAUGUUUGUGCUUUCCAUAGACGGAUCAUAAAUGCAUUUCGAAAUAAAAAUGACAUAUGUCAGUUGAUUUGCCAUUGUAAACUAAAAUAUUUAAGGCUGUUGAAAUAAUCCUCUCUAUCACUAUCCAUUCAAUCACUGCUUUUACUCAUCCAAUAUGCUCUUUCUUGUCCUCAUGGCUACUGAUAGACUAUAAUGUAUUUUAACACACUGAAGCAAAAGAAAAAUGUACCGAAUAUUUUCUUAAACAUUUCUAUUUUCUUUCUCCUCUUUUUUCACCAACUAAGGAAAGAAAACAGAAAAUAAUAAUGAUACUUUUAGUAAAAAUUCAGCAUAGUCAAUUUCAGAUCCUGUUUUAUGAGAUUCCAUGACAGCAUUUUAACGUAUUGUGAGUCGACUUUCGGGUGAAGAUGUCCAGUAAAUAAACAGAAUUAACUAAACUUAAUCAACAGACUGAAUAAUGUGCUGGCACAUUAUUUUGCGAAAUCUGUUUCAUAUGUCAUUAGAUUUACAUUUAGGGUAAUAUUUUAAUGUAUCUCUUUAAACACAUUAUAAAGAGAUACAUUAAAAUUUCAAAAAAUAUCAAAGAAAACAACAACUUCAAACGCUUUUUAACUCGCGUCGUACCUGUGAUAUCAAAGUUUUUCGUAGAACGUUUAUCAGUCGUAAAUUAACACAGUAUAAAGAGAUAUAUUUGCUACCAAAACCUCUUCGAUUAAAUCCUCUACUCAAUUCGUUAUUCAUCAAUCUCGGAUUCAAUAUCAUCAUCAUCGAUAUCGAUCGCAGAAUGAAUUAUUCAUUCAGCAAAAUCACGAAUGAAUAUAUAAAGAGCCUGCAAGAUCCAGCCAAAGUGCAGCUCAGCGAUUUAUCCGAAGACCAGUUUAUCGAAAUAUUGAGACGAUUGAAAUGUAAAAUGAAUCUAACCGAUGAAACGAGUGAACAUUUGAAUAAUAAUGUUAAAGUAUUGAACGAUAGAAUUGAAGAUAUAUGUUACAUCACUGAAAGUCAAGGUGCAAUGAUCAAAACGAAUCAACAGCUCAUCGAUUUAUUAUCAAAUUUCCAACAUCAACAACAAACAUCCACAUCGGUGAUUGAGAAACUUGUAACAACAAUUGAUAAACUGCAUACGAAAUAUGAUCAACAGCUGGCUUUCGAUGUAACGAAUCAAUCUUUGUCUCCAAUAUUCUCAUCUCAACCAAUUCAACAAUCACAACCAUCUUCUAUACCGCCACUGAAUACAUCCUCUAGUCAAAAGUCUUACUUCCUGGAUUGUCCAAGAAACGUUGGAACAAGUACAAAAAAAGUUGAUGACUUAUGCGCAUUGCACUCGGUGUGA